AUUCUAUAGAGGCUAUUUUAUAAACUCAAAAGGGCAAAAUGUAAAAUAAUGCGUUUAAAAGUCAAAAUGGUUAAGACCAACAUCUUGAAAUAUCUUGUCUGUGUUACAAUUUAUCGACACACCUAGCUCAAACUAAGUUCAAACCCUGCCACCUUCUGGUGACAUACAGGCAACAACAAGCCACCGUUUUGAGGAGCGUUUUCAUGACAACACGACCAUACUGAGGCUACACAAGUGAAAACUGAAGCAAUGUAUUGUUCUGGAGUCUGAAACCUAUCACGAGGGAACCGUCCAUUAUAAAAACAUUUUCAGUGCUUCCUUUGGGGUGGAAAACAUGUUCCUGAAGCCUGAAAACUUUCAGCAAAUGCAAUGCCAUGGCUCAGAGCCGCUCAAACCGAGCCGUGCACUCGCACAUAAGAGCAGUUUGACCGAUUUACACAUCGCGUGCGAACUAACUGCUUCUCGUGACAGCGGGACAGAUGCUUCUCACUGCAGGAAGCAGCACGGCGCAUGCUCUUGUGCCUCUCCGACAAGCGAAGGAUGAAUUAUCCCCUGCUGUAAAACGCUCUGUGGGGAGGGGUGAUGGCGGGUGCUGAGGUCACUGUGUCUUCAGGGGAUCUCAUGGCGUUGAAGGAAGAGGAAGGGGAGUCCAGUGGCAGUAACCAUAAGACUCAAGUCAUCCUGCACCUGCAGCCCAUCUUGCAUGGGGUAAAUGGUGACAUUGCUGACACUGGCACUACAGUCUUGGCCAUUGAAACACAUCAUGACAGUGAAGCAGAAGGAGAGGAGAUCGAGUACGGCUACCCCAUCACCUGUGGAGACAGCAGAGCCGUUCUACUGUUUAAGAAGUUUGUGUGCCCUGGAAUCAACAUUAGAUGUGUCAAAUUCAAUGACCAGCUCAUCAGCCCAAAGCAGUUUGUACACCUGGCAGGGAAAGCCACUCUGAAGGACUGGAAAAGGGCCAUCAGACUGGGAGGGGUAAUGCUCAGGAAAAUGAUGGACUCUGGCCAGAUAGAUUUCUACCAGCAUGAGACCGUGUGCAGCAACACCUGCCGCAGCACUAAAUUCGACGUGCUGAUCAACAGCACGCGGCUUCCUCCAGGGACCUUAGUGCAGCCAAGCCCGUCGUGUCUGGCUUUCGACCCUCUUGGAGGACAGGUGCCUCCCCUGGCAGGAGUGGUUUUACAUGAUGCAGCAGAGGUUGAGGAGCCUUUGGAGGAGAAGUUCAACACAACAGCAGAGAGGAGCCCUGGUCUAGCCUGGCCUGUAAAUCCCACAACAGCCAAUGGGCAUGCUGCAAAGAGAAAGAGGGCUGACACUCCUGAUGGAGUAUUGAGCCUGUGGAAGGGUGUGGCAGACUCAGGGCUGAUGGGGGAUGUCCUGUCCAGUCUCCAGACUGAAUUAAUAGCCACUCUUAAAGGAGUGGAGGUUCGCAGCAAGAGGGCUAACCUGCAGGAGACAGAUGCCGUCAUUCUUAAUUCCCUGUGUAAGAUGUUUGGGCUUUUAGACUCAGUGAAGCAAGCUCUGGACCUGAGGCGGAGCCAGGGUGAAGAGAACAAAACCCAUAACAAUGGUUUUGUGUUGGAUGAGAUCUUGGAGGACCGGAGCAAGCAGGGUUGUAAUAGAAGCACCUCUGACAAAAUUCAGUCCCUGAAACACCUACAACCUCAGCGUCACAGCCUGCCAAACAGCCAAACCCACAACUUGCUGUGCCCCAUCAAAACAAGCCCAGUGAUCCAGCCUCUCCCUGUUAAGGGUCUGUCUGCUGCAUCUUACACUCAACCCACCAUCAACCCUCAUCUCUUCAACCGUCUCUCUGCCCCCGCUGGCCAGCGUCACCAUGCCGGAGCUGGCAGGGCAGAAGGGGACGGACAUAGUGCCAAGCUGGAGAGGGAUGAGCUCAGCGAGACGGGUAACCAGGAGAAUCUUCACAGGUUUGGACCGGAUCGCGAGAAAGAGGACACCUCAGGGAUCCACAAAGAGCCUGGACAGAGAACUGUUAAGUUUAAAGAAGACCCUCUCCUUAGAAGUGAGGCAGUAGAGGAGACAGCGGGCUUGCAUGACAUUGAAAAGGUUGUUAUAGGAAGAAAGGCAUCAAAGAAACAUAAAAGUAAGUGAGGAUGAGAUCCCAGUGCUGGACUAGGUGAGGGAAUGUGCCUGGGAACUGAAGACUAAAAAGGGAAAAGAUUAAAAAACAUUACUUUGUCAAACUGUACUUUUCUUUCUUGUAUACUCAUAUAUAUAGUGUGGUUACUUCACUUUUGGUUACUACAGCUGUGUUACAGGAACAGAUUUAUUCUUGCAUUUGGGUUGUAAAUAACAUAUUCAAGAAGAGCAUUUUGGACCUGCUUUUCUAACUUUUUAACAAUGGAAAACACAGUAGAGCUGAAAUGAUUAGUUGAUUAAUUGAUUUUGACAAUUAAUUGGCAACAAUUUUGAUAAUCAUAAGUAAUCAAUCAAUAAGUAAUUUUCUAAGCAAAAAUGACAAACAUUCACUGGCCUCAGCUUCUUAAAGGUGAAUAUUUGCUGAUUUUCUUAGUCUUACCUUGGACCAAUAUUUUGCUUAACUUUUGGCUUUUUUGGCUAGUUUAUUUAUUAUAUUUAUAGCCCAGAAGUGGUUGAUCAAGACAAUAAUCAGCAGUUUAACUGAAAUAAAAAUUGAAAGCCCUAAGAUGCCUGUCAGAUGUCUGUAAAUAAAAUAUUUGUUUUUAUUUAUGAUCUCGAUUAUGUCUCUUGUCUCGGCAUUCGUGAGACAUUUUUCCCUCAUACUUUUAUAAUUCAUUUCUAAGACUAUUUGUAAUUGAAAAGACAGAUUUUGUGAGUUACACUUGUGUGUUGAAUUUAAUAUCAUUUGGGUUUUGUUAAAGGCGUGUAUUUAGGCCCUUGUUACAGUGCCAGACUUGCCUAAAAUCUAUGCACCAGACACUCACUGUCUGAACAAUACAUUGUUCUUAAUUAUGUAUAAAGUAAUUAUUGUGACUGCUGACAUGCUGUUGGUUUAAACAGGGUGCUGUUUACUAACAUGUUGCAAAUACAUAAUCUUUACUCUUUUCCUUUUCUUUGUCAUAGACAAAAUAUAAAGGAUGAAAAUAUGUUAUGCACAUGAGAUUAUGAUGAAAAGGACAAUGGUGGUACAAAAUAAUCUUGUAAGAUAAUAAAACAUUUUUAAA